CAGUGAAGCGCUAACAUACGCUGAGCUUCCGCGAGACAGUUUGCCGAGGCACAGCAAUAUUUAUUUGUACCAUUUUAGUUUCAGUCUCUCAAAAUCUGUGUAUUUACGUAGUGUAUAAUUCGUGAUAACCUUUCUAUUGCAACAGUUUUAUUUUCUGUGUAUUUUAAAGAAACUAAUAUUUAACAAUUAUCUGACGCUGUUGUAUAUAACGCUAACGUUAUAUGUAGCGUUAGCCUGUUAGCUUCUCGGAUUUCGAAUUAGGAACCAAAGAUGACCUCAAAAACGAAAGUGGGAAAGGUGGGCUCCAAAAGCAAAGAAGAUGCUCCUCAUGAGCUGGAGAGUCAGUUUGUUCUGCGGCUCCCUCAGGAGUAUGCCUCCACAGUCAGACGGAUCGCUCAGUCUAGCAGCAUGAACAUGAAAGACAGACUUACUCUAGAGUUACAUGCUGAUGGUCGCCAUGGGAUUGUACGUGUGGAUCGUGUCCCAUUAGCGUGUAAAUUAGUGGAUUUACCCUGCAUCCUGGAGUCAUUAAAAACGGUUGACAAAAAGACCUUCUAUAAGACUGCUGAUAUCUGUCAGAUGCUGGUAUGCACACUGGAUGGAGACCUGUACCCCCCUCUAGAGGAGCCCACAGGCACUACAGACCCCAAAAGCAAAAAGAAAGACAAGGACAAAGACAAGAAAUUUGUUUGGAACCAUGGCAUUACGCUUCCUCUGAAGAACACAAGGAAGAGGCGGUUCAGGAAGACAGCGAAGAAGAAGUACAUCGAGUCUCCUGAUGUGGAAAAGGAGGUGAAGAGGCUCUUGAGCACAGACGCCGAAGCCGUCAGUGUUCGAUGGGAGGUGAUUGCUGAAGAUGAGACCAAAGAACCUGACAACAGCUUAUCUUUGUCCAACUUGGAGUCUUCACCUGGAACCUCGGGACACAAGGGUCAUGGCUCUUCAGUCCAACACGACGAGCUACGCGAGAUCUUCAACGACAUCAGCAGCAGCAGCGAGGAUGAGGAUGAGGAGGGUGACCGACACGAGGACGAAGACCUUAACAUCAUGGACACUGAAGACGACAUGGUCAGGCAGCUCCACGAGAAACUGAACGAGACAGAUGGAAGCAGAGAUGAGAAUGAUCGCAACAGUCAGAUCGUAAUGGAGUAUCAGGUGCAGAUCAACAAUUUGAAGGCCAAGCUUCAGGACACACGUAACCGCAAGAAGGAACAGGAGAAAUUGAUAAUGGAGGUGGAAAAUCAAGCCCUGAGGGAUCGUUUCCAGGGUCUUUUGAAUGGUAUGAUUCAUCAAGAAGAGCAAGAGAUGGAACAGCUGGCCUCCCUUCAAGAGCAGCUGGACUCGCUGAUCGAGAAGUGAUGCUCACGAUUACCAAGAUACUGCAAUACAAUGACUCUGACCAGAGGCAACUGCUGAACACAUCACCGACUCUACUGCAUGUAUUAGCUAAAUUUGAACAUCCCAUGUGUGUUGAGACUCAAACAAUUGUCAACAUAUUCAACUGAUGGCUCAUCAAACAAGUUUCUUCUCGUGCAAGAUUGGAUUUGUACUUUUUGUGACUUGUUUGUCUGUAAACCUUUAGUUAAUGGCAGUUUUGUUUUUUUGUUUUUUUUAAUAAAAUCAUAUUUGAAAUGG